GGCGGGACCGCGCGGCGCGUUCCCGGCUCCCGGCCGGCAGCGGGAGCUGGGCGGCUCCCCGGCCCCGGGCCGACCCCGACCCCGCCCUGCCCCUGCCCCUUCCCCUCCCUCCGUCCCGUCCCGUCCCUCCCCUGCGCCGCGGCGGAGCGGGGCGCGGAAGAUGGAGGGCUACCGGCGGUUCCUGGCGCUGCUCGUCUCGGCGCUGCUGCUCGGCUUCGUGGCGGUCGUCUGCUCCCUCGUCUGGGUCUUCCGCUACCGCGAGGGGCUCGGCUGGGACGGCGGCGCGGCGGAGUUCAACUGGCACCCCGUCCUCGUCGUCACGGGCUUCGUCUUCGUCCAGGGCAUCGCCAUUAUUGUGUACAGGUUACCUUGGACCUGGAAGUGCAGUAAACUCCUAAUGAAGUUCAUACAUGCUGGAUUAAAUACCAUAGCUAUGAUUCUUGCAAUUGUUUCUAUGGUAGCCGUGUUUGAAUACCACAAUGCCAGGAAGAUUCCCAACAUGUACAGUCUGCACAGCUGGAUUGGGCUGACUGCUGUUAUAUUUUAUUCUCUCCAGCUUUUCUUAGGCUUUGCUGUCUUUCUGCUCCCAUUUGCUCCAGUUCCUCUCCGAGCAGCUCUCAUGCCAAUCCAUGUUUAUUCGGGUCUCCUCAUCUUUGUAGCAGUGAUUGCAUCAGCUCUCAUGGGAAUCACAGAAAAGCUUCUAUUUUCUCUGCGAAGUCCUGCAUAUAGUGAAUCCCCACCAGAGGCUAUUUUUGUCAACUGUCUUGGUCUUUUGAUUGUCACAUUUGGUGCGCUUAUUUUGUGGAUGGCAAGCAGGCCCCACUGGAAGCGCCCACCAGAAGAGAAUGCUAAAGUUCAGCGGCCCAAUGGAGGGGCUCCGGAAGGCGUGGAGGCAGAAUCCACCAUGACAGAUUGCAGUAAUGCAGACAGAUCUGAUGCGGGGUUCAACAGUGAAGCAGCCAGAAAACGAAACUUCAAACUUGAUGAAGCAGGCCAACGAUCAACUAUGUAAAGAAAAUAUAUAGAACAGCAGUACUAGUAAACUGCCCAAAAGCCUGUUCCUUCCAAUUCAGUUAUAUGGAGUUAUAUAUGUAGGUUGCAAUUUUAUUUACAGUAUGGCUUGCUCAAAGACAUUCAAGUUUUCUGCAUAUGAAUUUAAAUUCCAGUGAGUCCCAAACAAAUCAUAUUGGUUCAUGCUCAGUCCUUAUUUAAAGAAAAACGAAUGGCAUCACAUAAUGGGAACAUGUUUUCCACGUCACUUUUUAAUUUUAUGUUUUUAUCUCUUACAGUCAUGAAAAGUUAUGGAGACUAAAUUCUGUUCUGAGAGAUUUUGCAGGUAUGAGUGAAAGCUGUGAAGUGUACCAGAGAGCAGAAUUUAGCUGUAAGCACUUAACUUUUCUGCUAAUGUUUACUUUUUUAAGGACUUGAUUUCUCAAGUUGAUUAAACCCCUCACAAACAACUAAGACCUAUAGGCUUUGAGGUCACUCAGCACUUUGCAGAGUUGCACUGUAAAAGUUUUUAGUCUAAAAUUUUGAAUUCAGAUAAAGAAAUAGAACAAUUUGCCUGUUAUCUUAGUGAAAUGUUAUGUGGCUUUUAAAACUUCUUGGAGUUUUUUGUUGUUUGUUUGUUUGUAAUCAGAAUGUAUCUGUUGCAUUUCUUUUUAAUCAUUUCUACCAAAUAUAUAUAUUUUAUAGAGAUAACAUAUCCUUUACUGAAAUCUUAGGAAACUGCAAUACAUCCAAGAAUUCGUCUUGGAAAGCUAUAGAUACACACUUAGAAAAAUAUGUAUCGCUUAACCAAAUCUUCCUUCUAUCCCAGAAGGCAGCAUUUUAUUAUCUUGAUUCAAUUGAACAGUUCCUAUUGAUUUAUGACAGUAGACUAGAAAUUAGUUGGUUAGAAACCAGAGUAGACUGGUAGUGGUAUCAGAUAAGAAAAGGAGCUUGAAGUGAGAAAUGUUUUCUGCCAAGAAACAGAUGAGCUUUGCUGAUUUGAUUAAAAUACUACCAGUUAACUGAAAGCUGAUUUUGCCAUCUCCAUACCGGUGUCACAGUCAUUAUCGUGAUAAGAAUUAAGAUAUAAGUUAGUCUACAAGCAAGCUACAUAAGCUCUAUGACCUCUCUUAUUUGAAAUUAAAGUGUUAAAUAAUGCAGUUCAAGUCUCUACUGGCACUUUACUUUUAUAGUUCUUUCUAGUAAUCAGUGUAUUAAUGUAUUAUGCUCAUUCAGUUAUUUCACAGAUACAAACAAUACUUUUUUACUACCAUAGAAGAAUAAUUGUAAUAGAUUAUUUUGAUUGCACAUUUCCAAAGUGAUGAGCCUUUCUAUUAUGAUGUCUUGUAAAAGCUGCAGAACCCGCUAAAAGUCAUCUUGGUAACUGCAGUACCUGUUCCAAUUUUACCAUUCUUCAUGUUGCAAAGAACUCUAUAUAGACUGUUUCAGGCAGCAGAUCAUUUCCUUUUUAAGGCUAGAUAAAUUUGCAUCUAUCUAAUUAAAAUAUUCAAACACAUUAAACUUUGGCAAAUACAUAAUUUUGUAGUUAGUGUUGCGUUAAUACAAACAAUUUUGGUUAUGCAUUAUUUUGGAUCUUUGACAAAAAGCACCUCAGUUCCUGUUAUUUGAUUUGUGAUAGUGUUUAAUUAUUUGGUGAGUGCAGUAUAGAAAGCUAGCAGAGCAAAUUGUUAGGAAAAAAAGUUACCUACUGUACUAUUUGGUACUCAAGGACUACAUCCCAGAGUUCUGCUUUCACUUACAUAUAUGUGUGGGUGCUUAAGACCCAUCUAGCAUUGGUGAACUGUUUCAUUUGAGAAAACAACUUUCAAAUGCCUUAAUGCAGAAUUCAAUUACGCGAGAAGGAAGUAUCAUCCUAUUGUGUGAGCGCUUGUCCAGUCCCAGUAUGUACAAUGGAUUGGACAGCUUUUUCCCUGUUUCUCAAGCUCUACACAGUCAUCUGUUUUCCCUAAAAUUGUUCUGGGCAGCUACAGCAUAAAAUCCAAAUAGUACUAUUAGCAGCUUUCUGAAAGAAAAAUGAGAACACUUUUUUUACUUGGAGUGCUCAACUGACAUGAUGUUAUGCAUCCUACUGUUAUAUCCUUACAUAUUAAGUUAGCAGAAGAGAUUUGCUGUAGCUUCUGGAGAACACUAAACUGUGCUACCAUUUUUUCUUGUGAUCUCUUUUUAUGUUCUGCUCAGAUAAGUCUGCUUUUUUGGUGAAAUCAAUAAGCAUUUUUUUACAGCUGGUGGAUGCACAUCUAGUCUUUGUGCGAGAUGCUCUGUUAACGUUUUUGAAGUAUGAGUUCAUGGAUGCACUUCACAACACGUGGACCACAGGCAACUUUAAGUUGGUGUGUAUUGCUUUGUUGCUGUGUCUCAUCUAUGUUUGAAUAUGAGCCCAUUCAAUCCUCGCAUAGCACUGAGUUAUCUAAUAUAAAGUGUGCGCAUGUGUGCAAGGUAGUCCAAGGACUGUUCUGGAAUAAACCCUAACUGUAUUGUAUAUUGGGAAGAAAAAAAAAAUCUGUUAUUUCCUUUGUUACAACACUGACUUGGAAGUAUCAAAAUAAUUUUUGGAUGAACAGCUCUAUAUGCUGUUUAAAGUUAAGCUACAGUAACCAGUAUGCCUUUUGUUUUCCAUUUUAUUCCACAAACUGUUCAUGACACUUGAAAAAGAAAGGUGGCAUUUCUUUACUUCUCUGUUCUGAUGAUAUAAAACUCAUUGAGAAACAAGGAUUAGCAAACUUUUGGAGGUAGUUUGUCAGACUCUAUUUUUGUUUUUCAACGUUGAGGAUAAACACAAUGGUAGAAACUCAAUGGGAGCUGAGAGAAUCCAUUCUGGGAAGUUAUCUUACAAGCAGGUAUUCAGUGAUACUUUGUUUGUGUGAAGUGUGGGCUUCUGGCUGCUUUGAACUUUGGAAGGUCCCUGGGAGUAGCUCCGAGCUCCAAAACCUUGCUCAACCUUAGUGGGUGCAAUUUAAAGUAGCCUCAACAUGCUAUAGACUUUGGCUUCUGCUAUAAAUUGAUUUAAAAGAUCUGUAAGUAUCCUUGCAACAUACAAGGUUAGUUCAAGUGCUAAAUAAAAAUACAUAGGACAUUGGAGAGUAAUUUUCUUUGGAAAAAAUGUACUCCUACAGCCGCUUCUCAAAGGGGCCUUCCAUCACCUUUUCUUUCAUACAGAUUUUUUUUUUUACCUAUAGUUAUGUGCAGUGGUAUCAACACAGGAAAUAAAAAGGGUGUGUUUUCAAAGAUAUAAAAAGAAGUUAGAAUUCUAGUUUUUUUUAUCAGGAGUUUUCUGCAUGUGUGAACAUCGUCUACAUUGUUACAUUUUUACAGGGACGUGAUUGUACAGCUUACAGUCCAAGUUUGAAUUCCUAUUAAAACAGGAAGUUAAAAAACCUACCACUGAAAGUACUAUUUUUAAGAUGUCUGAAAAAAUAAUUACUUUUAAUGUACUUGCUGUCUUGCAGUACUGAACACAGAGGCAGAACAGUGUUUUUUCUGACAUUAAUGAAACUGAAAGAUGGUGGUGCAAAUUAGAUUUUAAAAUUGAAUGCACAGUAAUUAUAUGUACACGUCUUACUACAUGUAGCCAUGAAGGUUGCAUAUGAUAUUGUAAAUAUGGAUUACUUGUAUACGUGGAUAUUUUAUUGAGAGAGUAUCUGAUAUUGCCAAAUAUUUUCUAAUAUGGAAGACUUUCUUUUGUUUCCAUAUCUGAAAAAUCUUUCCUCUGUUUCUAAUUGUUCACAAGAACUUAAAGAAUUAUUUUAUUGUUUUGUUACUUGCCUUACUUACUUGUAGAUUAAAGCGAAUGUUUAAUUACAAUGUAUAUUUUCUUAUUCCUUUUUAUGUUAAUAAUAAAGAAUUUUCAAGCCUAUGA